AUGGCAAACACGACCAUACCUAACGGCUCACAAUAUCAUCUCUGGAAGCCCGAGCCUUUGGCUCGUGGCACGUUCUCGAUACUGUCUUCGUCACUGCUCACUAUGGUCUUAUGCAUUUGGACAGCUGUUCAUCUGAACAUUCCCGAGCACAACAGACCUAUCUCACAAAUGUGGCGAAAGUUACGCUGGAUGGUCGUAGGACUUUUUGCUCCAGAAUGGGUCGUUUGGACUGCUUAUUGUCAGCAUAUUGACGCAACAAAGAUUGGGAAGACAAUGCGAAAGGCUUUCAGUCAGCCAGAGCCCCCAAAUUUUGUGAACAAUUUGCCAACACUCCUAAGAGGCAUCUUGCCAUCUGUCCCCAACGCGUGGGGCAAGAUUGGACUUACGACAGGGUCUCUCGAACAAACUGAGCAAGUGUCACAACAUACGGACGUCGAACCCGGUCCGAAGAUGAGAAGAUACCCGUGGACACACGCACAUUCCCUCUACGCCAUGAUGGGUGGAUUUGUCGUUGAUACUCAUGAUCUAGGCUACGACUAUCUACCCCAGGAACGGCAAAGGAUGACGUUAACACUAAGGGGCCUCACAUUCAUUGCUGAUUAUAAUCCUGACAUCCUCCCGGAUCUUUCCGUUUCUGCAAUAAAAGACAAGAGCAAAGCAAGCAUGUUCACGAAGAUGAUAACUAUCGCCCAGGCGCUGUGGUUUGGCAUUCAGUGCGUAACUCGAUCGACACUGGGUCUUUCGAUCUCACUCUUGGAGAUUAAUACUGCCAUCCAUGCUGCCUGUGCCCUGACUCUGUACCUUUUCUUUUGGUGGAACAAGCCACUUGAUGUUCAGGAGCCAACCGUUUGUACACACGCAGAUCUACAUCCCAUCGCCGCCUUCGACACUGUCCAAAGACUGUACCCGCGCGUCCGCUUUUCACCAGUCGAUUUGGACAAUACUGAAGACAACGAUAUUGUGGACUCUUCGACUGACCCUGGAACAGCCGUCUUUCAUCCUAAAGUUCAGCAUAUCUCGCUAAAGCCAUCGAAGGAUCCGAAAUUUCGAUCGAAAGGUUCUCUUGUAUAUCACGGCUUUGUUUUCCGCAAGAACAUGAAGCUCUCAGCUAAUGGAGAGAGGUACGAACAGUUGACCGAGUUAGACUUUUACCGCUUCAAGCUAGCCUCACAGGCUGCUAGGAGGUACUCAUUACGUACGGGUGAAAAGUGUUCCUUCUUCGAUGUACGUUCGAGGAAUCGUUCCGAAACUAUGUAUGCGCUCGUAGGAGCUGACGAGCCGAAACCCGGGCUCAAUUUUCUCGUGGUAGGAUUCCUUCUAGCAGGCCUUUUUUACGGCGGUGUGCAUCUCAUUGUCUGGAAUCGACCUUUUCGUGGUAGAACCGACGAACUGCUUUGGAAGUCGAGCAGCAUUACAAUUCUGGUUUCGGGCAUAGUUGCCAUGAUAUUGGAAUUGGCGCAAAACUUCGCGGCCAUUAACCGACAAAUAGAUCGUACAGUGUGGAGAUUUGCGGCAAAGGCUUCCGGUCAUGCCUCCACGGUGGGCUAUUGUCUUUUCGCACCUCUCUACAUCUUCGCGAGAGUUUUCAUCAUUGUGGAAUGUUUCCUGGACGUAUUUCAUCUUCCCGACUCGGCUUUCGGAACCCCUCGAUGGUCGCAAUAUUUCCCGCAUAUCGGAUGA